AUGAACGACCUCUCAUUAUUUGAGGGGAUCCAAGAGUUCCUGAAGUCAGAGAAGGAACUCUCUGAGAUCCACUGCUCAGCUCUGGCCUUCAUGCUGCAGAUGUCAGAGGAGGUUCUGGAUGAGUUGGACCUGCAGAAGUACAACACAUCAGAGCGGGGACGACUGAGACUGAUUCCAGCUGUGAGGAACUGCAGAAAGGCUCUACUGACUCAGUGUGGACUCUCAGAGACUCACUGUGAAGUUGUGGCCUCAGCUCUGAAGUCCAACCCCUCCCAUCUGACAGUGCUGGACAUGAGUGGAAACAAGCUGCAGGAUUCAGCAGUGAAGCUUCUGUGUGCUGGACUGGAGAGUCCAAACUGUCGACUGGAGACUCUGAGGUGAGUUCACUGACUGCAGCUGUUGUUGUUUUUCUAUAUUUCAGAUCUUUGAAGUUUGAAACUUUCUUCAGUUCCUAAAUGUUCAGGAUGUGUCUGAAGACAAACAUGAAGAAGUUUG